UGGCUAUUUAUAGGAGACGUCAAGCAACAACAACAACAACUAUGAGUGUAUACGAAAAUGCUAAAAUAAUAACAAUCAGCUGCAAGAAAAAUAUUUCUUUUUUUUUUUUAAUUUUAUGCUUUGCCCAUUUAGUUACGCGCACACGUAUAAAACGGAAAUUAGUAUAUUUUGCAUUGACCUCUCUUCAUUUUUAAAUAAAUGGAAAAACGCCACAUCAAGGCUGAAGACAGUUUCAGCCAAAAGCGUUGUGUCGACUGGUUUUGCAAAUACACAAACCCCGAUGAGCCGGAUACGCUGGGUCCCGAUGGCAUGGAAAAAUUCUGCGAUGAUAUUGGUGUGGAACCAGAAAAUGUUGUGAUGCUUGUGCUAGCCUACAAAAUGGGCGCUACACAAAUGGGCUUCUUCAGCCGUUGUGAAUGGUUAAAGGGCCUCACCGAGUUGGAAUGUGAUUCUGCUGCAAAAAUGCAAUCUAAAUUAGACUAUUUAAAAAGUAUACUCAACGAUCCAAAUAUCUUCAAAAGCAUAUACAGAUAUGCCUACGAUUUUGCCAAGGAUUCCGAUCAGCGUAGCAUGGAUAUAAUUACAGCAAAAGCAAUGUUAGCACUGCUGCUCGGCAAACAUUGGCCGCUUUACCCGUAUUUCGCGCAAUUCCUCGAUCAAUCAAAGUACAAAGUUAUUAAUAAAGAUCAGUGGUGCAACAUACUCGAGUUCUCGCGCACAAUUAACAAUGAACUAACGAACUACGAUAUCGAUGGUGCAUGGCCUGUUAUGUUGGAUGAAUUCGUGGAAUGGUUACGAUUGCAACGCACAUGUACGAGUUCGACAAGAUUCAGCUGAAAUUAUCUUUAAAACGCGUAAAUUUAUGAUAUUAAAGCAAAAUGCAACCGGGUUUAAUUUCACAACUACAACAAAAAAAGAUCAACUAUAAUGAAACUCAAGUACCACAACAAACAA